AUGGCAUCGCCAUCGUUGCCAAAGCGCGGCAGGCCAAAACUAGGCAUUGAAGUUCACCGGAUUGGCCUACGAAUGGACGUCUAUAACGAGUGGCAGGUACAAAAAGAUUUGGUUGGAAUGGCUGAGAAAACCCAUAGUGAAUUCGCUAGUUACCUACUGCAAAUGUGUGAAGAAAUGAGAGUGCGUCAAAACAAUCAACAAUGCUCAACUCCAUCGAGUCAAUCCCAAGGGCAAGGUGAGUUUAUUAUAAAUUAUAUGCCAUGAUUAUUCUUCCAACACCUAUGAUUUUAAGGAAAUGGAAUCCUCGUAUUUUAGUAUUUGUAUUUUAUUCAUGUAUGCUUGAUUAUUUACAGUGCCAGUGGAUAAAUGUUGGAACGAAUUUUAAUUAUGAUACAAAUAUUUGUUUUUUGUUCCAUCAGGUCAUGUUGUCCAGUCUACGCCAUCACGACUUGUUAGAAGAUCACUACUUCCUGAAGAUAUUCAUCUGUCUCCUAUUCUGGCUGACGAAUCUGAGAUUGAUAAGUAG